GUUCUCUCACUUCGUUGUUGAUCCCUGAUGGUCAUUGGUCAUUGGUCAUUGGUGAGCAAAGCAAACUACAAAAACGAACCUUCUAUUCCUAACUCAUCCAAAUUUCCUUCCGCUUUUCCUCUCCUCUUUGGUCUGUCUCCGUCUUGGGGUCUCUCGCUAAUAAAUAAUAAUAUCCCCUUAUUCCGAUUCAGCCCCUGCGAACUCCCUCAAUUCACAACAUCAGCCAACCAUCCAACUCAACCAUGAUGAUGCUGGUCAACUGCUCCAACUGCCGGACGCCGCUGCAGCUUCCGCCUGGCACCCGAUCCAUCCGCUGCGCCCUCUGCCAUGCCGUCACCCACAUCGCCGACCCACGUGCCGUCCCUCCUCCUCCGUCCUCCUCCUACGCGCCGCAGCCAUCUCCUCCACCUCCUCCUCCGUCGUCGCACGUGCCGUCUCCUUACGGCCACUCGCCGCCGGGUCCGCCCCCGAACCCUCACGGGCGGAAGAAGGCGGUGAUAUGCGGGAUAUCGUAUAAGUACUCGAGGCACGAGCUGAAGGGAUGCAUCAACGAUGCCAAAUGCAUGCGCCAUCUUCUCACCACCAAGUUCCACUUUCCGCCGGAUUCCAUUCUCAUGCUCACUGAAGAAGAAACUGACCCGUACAGGAUUCCGACAAAACAUAACAUUAGAAUGGCAUUAUAUUGGCUUGUACAAGGAUGUCAUCCAGGUGACUCCCUGGUAUUUCAUUAUUCGGGUCAUGGUUCACGACAGAGGAACUAUAAUGGUGAUGAAGUUGAUGGAUAUGAUGAAACUCUAUGUCCCCUGGACUUUGAAACCCAGGGUAUGAUUGUUGAUGAUGAGAUCAAUGCCUCAAUUGUUAGAACUAUUCCUCACGGUGUUAAGCUUCUUGCCAUAAUAGAUGCUUGUCAUAGUGGCACUGUACUAGAUUUGCCAUUCCUUUGCAGAAUGAACAGGAGCGGACAGUAUGUGUGGGAGGAUCAUCGGCCUAGAUCGGGUGUAUGGAAAGGAACAGGUGGUGGAGAAGUUAUUUCGUUUAGUGGUUGUGAUGAUGAUCAAACUUCAGCUGAUACAUCAGCUUUGUCAAAGAUCACAUCAACUGGUGCCAUGACUUAUUGCUUCAUUCAAGCAAUCGAGCGUGGACAGGGAAGCACAUACGGGAGCAUACUGAAUUCGAUGCGAUCUACCAUCCGAAAUACAAACAGUGGUGGCGGGGUUGGCGGUGAUGUUGUUACAUCUCUAAUUAGCAUGCUAAUAACUGGAGGCAGUGUUAGUGGUGGGCUGAGACAGGAGCCACAACUAACGUCCUGCCAGCCAUUCGAUGUGUAUACAAAACCUUUCUCCCUAUGAUUAUUGUGUCCAUAGAAUAUAGAUUGAAUUCAUCAUCAAUACAUCGACAGACUGUGUUCAUGUUGUUGGAACCUUUCCGGCGAAAAAUAAAUAUUAAAUAUGGUGGACAUGUUUGAUUGUUUAGUGAAACAAGAUACGUAGUAUAUUAUACGUACACUAAUUUUCCAAAUUGUGUAUGUAUCGCUAUAUUGUUUGGUCAUCCAGAGUUUAUCUACUGUUUCUCUUUCUCACCAUGAAAUCUGGACAGGAAGACGGCAGGAAGAAUGGAAGAUGAUGGAAUCCGUU